AUGGUCAACGAAAGAUCGCCUGCAAAGGCACCUCUACGCCCUGUAGUACCAAAUGACCAGCCUCCAAGAGCGGCCGAAAGCGAGGCCUCCUCCAAACCUGCACAGUCAACCGUUCCACAGUUUGGACAACCAACCAUGCCCCAUUCACCACUGCGCCGACCUGCUCAGAAAGAAUCGAGUGUAUUUAUUCAGCCCAAGGCCCGACCCGAGCAUCAUAGAGAUUCAAAUAGGCCAUCAUAUGCAAACUUUAAAGCCUUCAAGGAUGCUUCGAGAAUGGAUAUGGAGACUUCGGUACCCCGAACUCCUUCUACAUACCAAACACAAAGCAAAUACGGUCCACCUCCAGGCGAUGCUGUACCAAUUAGGGCCCCAAUUCCAAUAAGUGCACCGUUCACGACAACCAAACCAGUACCACAGCCCGCUUUCGGUUCCCUAGGAGGAACAUACGGGGGAUUCAGUUCCGUUAAUCCGGGCAAUAAUUUCAUUGAUCUCACCAAGGAAGAUUAUCGCGAUCGGGCACCUGAGCCGUAUACCUUUGUUGACCCAGCCAAGGCUCAAGAAGAUCUCAAGGCUCUAUUGGAGGGAGCCAUCGAGGAUGAAGAAGACGUCCCUCGGACUAGAUCCCGUAAGAAGAGACAGGAUGAUGCGGAGUCCAAUGACUUGCUUGCAAAACUGAAGGGCCUAAGUAUUGAGCAGGAAAAUUUGGCAGUUACUUCUGAUGGUGAAGAUGAAGAAGAAGAUGACGGUACCGUAGACGGUAUUAACGUCAAACUACUCCCGCAUCAAAUUGAAGGGCUGGAAUGGAUGAAAGGUAGAGAACUGGGUACAGGGAAGAAAGGCCGAGUCCCUAAAGGAGGCAUUCUUGCAGAUGAUAUGGGAUUGGGCAAGACACUGCAAUCCAUUUCUCUCAUUCUGAGCAACCCAAGACCAUCGACUGGAGAUGACGAAUAUACCAAACGCAAAUUACCUGCUGGUCUGGAAAAGUGCACGCUGGUCGUCGCACCUCUCGCGCUCAUUCGGCAAUGGGAAUUGGAAAUCAAGGAGAAGGUCGAAAGCUCACAUUCACUCCGAGUCUGUGUCCAUCACGGUCCUCAACGUACAAAACGGUUCCAAGACUUGAAAAAAUACGAUGUUGUAAUUACAACGUAUCAAAUCCUGGUAUCCGAGUUUGGAAGCUCUUCAUCUGACACUGAUGGUAUCAAGGUUGGAUGUUUUGGUCUCCACUGGUACAGGGUUAUCCUAGAUGAGGCUCAUACGAUAAAGAAUCGUAACGCCAAAGCCACGCAAGCUUGCUACGCAUUACGGAGCGAGUACCGAUGGUGUCUGACGGGAACACCAAUGCAGAAUAACCUGGACGAGCUACAAAGUCUCAUCAAGUUUUUGAGGAUCAAGCCUUAUGAUGAUCUGAGGGAGUGGAAGGAUCAAAUCGACCGUCCAUUGAAAAACGGCAGAGGAGAUGUCGCUAUCAAACGCCUGCGACACUACUUAAAGAUCUUUAUGAAGCGUCGAACGAAGGAUAUAUUGAAGAAAGAAGGAGCUUUGAAUCCAGGUGGUAAACCUUCUGUCGCAGGAGAGGGGAGUAAAAAUGGAUUCAGGGUCACUGAACGCAAAAUCGAGACAGUCUUUGCCGAGUUCUCCCCCGAAGAACGUCGUUUCUAUGAACGCCUUGAAGAGCGUACCGACGCCAGCAUAGAGCGGAUGAUGACUGGUAAGGUGAGCUAUGCAAGUGCAUUGGUCAUGCUUUUACGUCUUAGACAGGCUUGCAACCAUCCAAAGCUCGUUGCAGGAAAUCUUGCUAAGGACAGCGAGGCCCUUGCAACCGAAAACAACAGUCAGAAGAGUAAAGCCUCUACCACAGAUGUAGACGAAAUGGCGGAUAUGUUUGGCGCUCUGGGUGUCAGCUCCAAGAAGUGCGAAGUUUGCCAACUUGAGCUAGGGAAAGAGGCCGUAUCACAAGGAGCCGUUCGCUGCUUGGAUUGUGAAGCCGAUCUGGAAGACAUUUCGAAGAUGCCUAAAUCGAAGAAAGACAAGGAGCGAAAACACCACCACUCUAAUAAAUCAGAUUCUCAAGCGAUACCCCGAAAGCCACGCAAUCGUGCCAUCGUCUAUGACAGCGAAGAUGAGGAGGAUGGAGGCCAUUGGCUAGUUCCUGAGAAAGAGCAGGGCCCCCUUCAUCUUGGGAAGGCUGGUGGAACAGAUGAUGAAGACGCUGAAGGGGGUGGCGAGUGGCUGGUUGAUUCCGACGAUGAGACAUUCCCUGAUCUUCAGGACUUGGACAAGGCAAAGGAUCCCAAGAAAGAAGCCACCACUCCGGACGCGUCAGACUCAGAUACAGACUCAGGACCCGAAUCGGGAGUUGAGGAUGAGAUUUAUUCGUCGUCUAACGAAGAAGGCCAGCUCGCACAAAUUGCGACUUCGACUAAGAUCAAACACUUGCUCAAGAUCCUUGGCAAAGAAGCAGCUGAGCACAAGUUUAUCGUAUUCUCUCAGUUCACCUCGAUGUUAGAUCUUAUUGAACCCUUCCUUCGCCAAAAGGGAUUCAAGUUUACUCGAUAUGAUGGCAGCAUGAAGAACGACCUUCGUGAGGCGAGUCUCAGCAAAUUACGGAACGAUGCCAACUGUAGGGUAUUGCUUUGUAGUCUCAAGUGCGGAUCUCUAGGACUCAACCUCACUGCGGCCACUCGUGUGGUUAUCCUUGAGCCCUUUUGGAACCCAUUCGUGGAGGAGCAAGCUAUUGAUCGAGUCCAUCGAUUGACACAAAAGAUCGAUGUCAUCGUCUACAAAAUCACUAUCAAAGAUACAGUUGAAGAGAGGAUCCUGGAUCUCCAAGAGAAGAAACGAGAGCUUGCAAACCAGACGAUUGAAGGUGGAAAGGGUGGCGCAGGCAAGUUGGGUAUGUCUGAGAUAUUGAAUCUCUUCAAACGCGAUGCGGAGCAAGGGCCACCACAUUCUUCUUCUGGUCGAUACAAUCUGGGUCAGAAGCCUAGGAUAUUGAAGGAAGUUUCAACGAGCAGUCCAGGUCCAAGCCGAGAAGGAUCUGUCGCGCGGGUCCGGAAAGGUACUCCUCCCACUACUAGACCGGCCAGCGCUACAGUUCGAGAAGAUGCAAUUUAUGGAAGAAGAUGGUGA